AUGCUGGAGUAUGAUGGCGCUCUGUCAGCACCGGGCAAUGCUACCUACGGACAGGGCUCUGGAAAUUACUCUUGGGAUAGUGUUGACUGUGUCGGUACAGAAGAUCAUCUUCUAGAUUGCCCAAAAGUGAUGGGUGCAAAAGGGUGUACACAAGCCGAGAAUGCUGGUGCCAUUUGCUACUCAGAAGCUCCUUUCCGCGUUCGCCUUGUCGGAGGAACCUCCGUGACCGAGGGCCGGGUGGAGGUGAUGUACGACGGGUCUUGGGGAACCAUCUGCGAUGAUGCCUGGGGCCUUAAAGACGCAUCGGUCGUUUGCAGAAUGCUUGGGUUUGAUGGUGCUUUGGCCGCGCCGGGUAACGCUUCCUUCGGUCGAGGAUCCGGCAAUGUUCUGCUUGAUGGAGUCACUUGUGAUGGGUCAGAAGACAACUUGGCGGAAUGUUCUCACAAUGGCGUUGGUGUACAUGAUUGCGACCACGGUGAAGACGCAGGCGUCAGGUGCUUCUCUGGAGUCCCCUUCAAAGUUCGUCUCAUCGGAGGACCUGACGAUUCAGAAGGAAGAGUAGAGAUAUUUUACGAUGGGUCUUGGCAAACAGUCUGCGACAACAACUGGGACUUCAAGGAAGCCAAAGUCGUUUGCCGAAUGUUGGGCUUUGAUGGUGCAUUGGCCGCACCUCGUGCUGCGGCGUACGGCCAGGGUUCUGGCGGGAUUCUCCUUGAUAGUCUCGGUUGCGACGGAACAGAGGAUAAGAUAGAAGACUGCUACCAUCGAGGGGUUGGCGUCCAUAACUGUGAACAUGCCAACGACGCAGGGGUUCGACUCAUAGGCAGCGUCGACGAUGCCGAAGGUAGAGUGGAAGUCCUUUACGACGGGUCCUGGGGGACCAUCUGUGAUAGCGAUUGGGAUAUCAGAGAUGCGACGGUCGUAUGUCGAAUGCUAGACUUCGACGGUGCUAUGGAAGCAACGCAUUCUGCUAGAUUCGGUAAGGGUUCCGGUGACAGCAUUCUGGAAGGUGUCCGUUGCAGGGGAAGAGAGGACCACCUUGCAGAGUGUUUGCAUGCAGGAUUCGGGAGCAAUGUGUGCGACCAUGAGAAAGAUGCCGGUGUCAUCUGCUAUUCCAACGUUCGGCUUGUAGGAGGAUCCAGUGACGCUGAAGGUCGGGUCGAAGUACAGCACAUGGGUGUAUGGGGAACUAUUUGCCACGACCAAUGGGACAUCCUGGACGCUACAGUCGUGUGCAGAAUGCUUGGGUUUCAAGUUCGUCUUGUAGGAGGAUCCAGUGACGCUGAAGGUCGGGUCGAAAUACAGCACAUGGGUGUAUGGGGAACUAUCUGCCACGACCAAUGGGACAUCCUAGACGCAACGGUCGUGUGCAGAAUGCUUGGGUUUCAAGGUGCCUUGAAGGCUCCAGGAUCAGCUUACUUUGGCAAAGGAGCCGGAGACAUCUUCUUGGACGAAGUUCAGUGCGCAGGAACAGAGUCUCGUCUUACGGACUGUAAACAUAGGGGUAUUGGUGAGCACAACUGCGCUCAUAUUGAGGACGCCAGUGUCGUUUGUGAUGAUAAAGGUGGUAUGUCAGUUAAGAUGAUCGUGGGUGCAGUGGUCGGAUCCAGCAUCAUGCUACUGAUCAUUAUCGGUGUGGCAUCACUGGUCUACUAUCGACGAAAGAAGACCAAGGACAGAGCCGAGGAGAAUCCUGUACCAUUUGCAGUGUCGAAGACCACUGGACCAACGAAGGACCUGGCACAAGGCGAGGGUAUCCAGGUUCCUCCGAACCCACCUAACAGGCCGUUGACAUUGCCCAGGGUUUCAAUGAAAAGAGAUGUGAAACCAGCCGAGACAAUGUUCAUCUACCAAAGCCCCAAACCAGAAGACGGAGGCCUUGAUGAUAUCGAUGAAGAGAGGAAGCACCUGUACAUGUCUAUGGAAUCAGAAUACCUCGCGCCCUCUGCGGUGAUAGAUGAUGUGUGUAUUCCCUCUCUCGAACUGGGGUCGGAUGCGCCAGCAGAUGUUCCAGCCGCUGUCGAGGAAUCUGUUUAUAUGGGAGACGAUCUCUCCUAG